GCGCCCUAGGGAAGGUUAAAGGGAGCAGAGCGCGGGUCGGGGCGCAGAGCCGAGGGGGCGCGGGCUGCGUGCAGACCCGCAGACGGAGCGCGGACGAGCCCAGGGUGCGGGGUCCUACCGAGAGACGGGCGCCCCUCGGAGUCUUGCCGAGAGGCAGCUCUGGGCCUUCUCAGCUCCCAAAGUCAAUACUGAAACCCCAGAUGUAUCCAGAGACACCCUGAAGAGGCUGAGAGACUGAGGAGCCCGAGGACACCCACAGGGAGAUUCCUGAAGCUGACUAAGAGCCACAGAGGAUUUGCCUGUGAUUUGAGCGUCCUCCAGUUCUUCGGCCACUUGCAUCCCUGUUGCUAUGGAGAUCACCAACGGCACUGAGACCUGGUAUGAGAGCCUGCAUGCAGUGCUGAAGGCUCUAAAUGCUACUCUUCACAGCAACUUGCUCUGCCGGCCAGGGCCAGCCAACCUGCCUGAGGAGCGGCGGGCCAGCCUACCUGGCCGUGAUGACAACUCCUACAUGUACAUUCUCUUCGUCAUGUUUCUAUUUGCUGCCACCGUGGGCAGCCUCAUCCUGGGAUAUACUCGCUCCCGUAAAGUGGACAAGCGCAGUGACCCCUAUCACGUGUACAUCAAGAACCGUGUGUCUAUGAUCUAGUGCUGGGGGCUGGGAAUGGCAGCAUAUCAUGACACCAGAACUCAGUGAUGGACCACAUCAGGCCUCAGUGUCCCCAUCUGUAAGAUCAACAAGAAACAGUCCUAAGGGAGGUCAUCAUUAGGGUGGGAGGAGAGGGGCUGGCAGACCUGGGCCUUGUGGAUAAAGAUUUUUUUUUCCAGUAAAGGUAGACUUUAUAGACAGUGGGAGCCCCAUGGACAAAUAUAUAGAAGUAGCAAGAGAUAAUAACCAAUGACUGGCCCCAUGGCUAGAGUACUGGGGGUAGGGGCGAGAGGCUGGAGGAAGGAGAAGAGGAAGUUGUACCAGAGGGAGAUGAAACAGGAAGACGCAUUGAGGACACAUUUUUUAAGAAAGAUUUUAUUUAUUUGAAAGAGAGCACGAGCAGGGGGAGGGGCAGAGGGAGAAGGAGAAGCAGACUCCCCACUUAGCUGGGAGCCCAAUGCAGGACUUGAUCCUGGGAGUCCGGGAUCAUGACCUGGGAUGAGGGCAGACGCUUAACCAACGGAGCUACCCAGGCACUCCUGAGGACACAUUUUUUGAUGUGCUGUCUUCAACGACCAUGACUGAUGGUCCCAUCAGUGAUGAUCCCAUAUCACAGAUACGAAUCUAACUAAUGUGACUUAUUUAUAUUUCUUCACUUUUUAUGUGUUCUAAGACAUUUAAUGUUUGUGAUUUUACCCCCUGUGAGGGAAGCAAAAUAAGUACCAUUCUGGCCAUUUGGGCCAGAGCAGGGCCACUGCUAGAACUAGGAACUCUGGUUUCCUUGCCUCGUGCUUUUCAAAACUGCACCACACAGGCCAGGAUCCAGGGCUGAAACGCCUAUAACUCUGGGGGCCCUCCUUAAGAAAAAGAAUUCAAAAAUACCCUGCUUUUGCAAAUAUUACCAACACAUGUGACCAUGUGAAUACAUUACUAGGACCCCUCCUAAGAUCCUAAGGAGCCGUGCAUUGCAGGGCCCUGAAUGUUGACGUGUUUCAGCUCCAUGGGUCAUGGGCUCCCCGGCCGGGUCACGGCCCCCUUCCUAGCUACGUCUCCAGUCAUACCCUCUAACAUAGCGUCUUCUGUUUUGAUGAAACUCUGUGAGUUUUCUGAUACCAAACUAAAAUCUGCUUCUAGAAGGUUAUUAUCACAUCUAGAAGAUUAUCAAAUUCAAAGGAGAGUAUGCAAAACGGGUACCUGUUCAGUGGAAAGAUUCUGGUAUAUGAACCUGCUGGUUGCUUCUCUCUCUGAUCCUUUUCCCUCUUCAGCACAAUGAAAUAGUUAGACUUGCAAGUUUCUAAGGGCUCUAUCAGUUUUGACAUUCUGGACUUCACAGACAUUAGGUUAAAUCAUAAAAUUGUGUUUGUAUGUCAAAAAGCAGCUGACAAUCAGUAGUUUUCCGAUGGUUCAGUCUCAUAGUGCAAUGUGGUGAGUGACUACCUUACAAGCUACAAAUCUCAGGCUGGAAUCUCCCACUGUUCUGUUUGAUUCUAUUUAAGGGAUCUACACAGGGUCUCUAGAAGGCCCUAUUGAAACAUGCAUAUUUGUAUAUUUCAAAAACUCUGAAAGAAUAUUUUAAUUGCCAUUAUCUCUGAAGAGAAGGAUUGUGGGUGAUUUUUCCUUUCUACUUAAAAAAUUUAUGUAAUAUUUGAUUUAUUUAACCAUGAGUAUGUUGCUUAUAUAACAAGGGGUGGGGGAAUCUAUUUCCACUUUGAAAAAAUAAAAAUAAAUACCUGUGUGUUUCUGGAAUAAAGGAUCACAGAACACAUUCACUCCCAUG